AUAACAGCCAGAUUUUGUUUUACUGUGCCCGGACGAACAUAAAGUGAACCUGUAUGCUCGAAAUAUAAGCAGCAGCAGCAGCAGCCGAAGAAGCCUUCAGAGGAAGCAGCAUCAGUUUGCUCUCGUCGUUGUCGUUGUCCUCGCUAGAGCCAACGUUUGGUCGUGCGAGUUUUUAUAGCUUUAUUAAUUAAUGGCCAGGGAGCAAGGGAAUGUCAUCGUUGGGGAGGCUGGCUGGUAUGGCUCUGUGCAAGUGCGAUGUGCGGGUGAGCGUGACGGCCAGCCACGAGAGGGAUACUAAUUAUGUUGACAAAAACCGACGACCCAGCGUUCCUUCGGGGCAAGGAAGCGAGUGCCAGUAUGUAGAGGUUUUGUGCCAUUUUAUGGUGAUUGCAAUUGCAGCAUUGACGUGCGUAGGUGCAGGAAAGGGCAAACGGAAGAGGGGCGAAAUUGAGCGGCAAAAUGGGAAGCAAUUGAGAAAAAGGGAAUUCAAUAAAGCCUCACAUCCUUGCGAGUGGUGUGUGUGUAUGUGUAUGAGACAGUGGAGAGAUAAAACAUAACAUGAGCGGUACGGAAAGGCAAACAAUUGGCAAUGUUACUGUCAACAAGCGGAGAAACAAUGCCCCGGGAGAUGGCGUGUGCAAGGACAAUCAAAUUUGGAUGGAUGGUAUGGAAGGUAGGAAAAGGGAAGGGAAGGAGGCAGGUGUAAAAAAAAUGGAAUGGAACGGAAGGCAAACAUCGGCAGCACCAGCAGCAGCAUAGUCGGCAGCAGCAGAAGCACGCAGGAGCAGUACCACCGAGCUCCGAACUGGUCGUGCAAACGUUAUCCCUGCGCACGGGAUGAAGGGAGAACGAGCAUGGUGCACACCAACCCAGCCGAAGGGUGGAAGGGUGGAAAAACACCCCUGUUACUAGCUCUAGCAGUGCCUAGCGUAGAUGCAAGGAUAGGAAAACAGGGCUCACUUUUACUGCAGCGCGAUAAAACGAGAGCACAAGCCCUCGCACGGCGAAUGUCUCGCUUGCGCAAACGGCCAAACAUGGCCGGCCGUAGAGAUGCGCACGCUCGCACCGCAGCCAAUCCGGAUUGAAGCUCCGCUUGAGUGCGGUCGAAGUAGGCGGGUGUUGUACUUCACCAGAGCAAAGGUGCGAAAGAGAUGGAGCGAAGGGUUGUUCUACUGGCAACGGUUUGCACAAGCGAGAAGCAAUCCAUUUCUCUCAAAUUUGGAAUCCGCUCGGCCGCUCGCUCUCUUUCUCUCACUCUAUCUCUCUGGUUCGACGCACACGGGCCAGGGGUGGCUUUCUGGGAAGUUUCGUUCAUGUGGAUGUUUAGUAGCAAUUCAUUUUGCACCGAAAACUUGUUGUCUAAACAUCUAGCUCCACGAGGCAGGGUGUUUUUGUUGUUGUUGUUGUGUUCUCUCCACACGCGUUCCACUGCUCGUGUAUGUGUGGGUGUGUGCGUGUGUGUAUGGAAGCUCCUGACGUGACAUUCUACCUGCUCCCGGACAGGCCUACCGUGUGUGUGUGUAUGCGCAUGUAUGUGUGUGUGUGUGUUUAUGUGAGGGAGUAAAUAGAGAAGAAGAGCCGAAUGCGAAGGAGAGAUAGAGACGUCCAAAAAAGGAUCAGGAUCAAGAGAGGAAGGAUAAUAGCACAGGACAGACAGGACCUGCCCGGGUCAAAAGGAUAACCACCGUACGGUUGCCAGAUCGGUAGUUCAGUUUAGCGAUAGCAGCGGAACAGUGAACACACAGCGCUUCCGUGCUCCGAAGCAAACAGUGCACCCGCUUCUUGAUCAAAGCACUUUGUGUGAGUGUUCGGUGUAGCAUUACAAAGACAGUUUCGUGUUGUGACACAAGUGCGACAUUGCAGUGAAGUCAGUGAAGACACAAACAUUGAGCAACAUAGUGCAGCGGGAAGAGCGAUUGAAGCGAUAGAAGACUCAACAAACAAUCACGCUGAAUGCGACAGUGCGCAGUACUACUGCAGUGACGAGUUGAAGAAGCAGCGGUUUGUUUUACCAGCGACCACUAGCGCACACAGCCGUGUCCACCGUCGUGUAAAAUGUCUGUAAAAUCGGUCCCAUCAUCAGCAGCAUCGUCAGCGUCGUCUUCGUUGUCGUCGUGCAGUGAGAUAAGCAUCGAGGAGCUGCACGCCCGUUCAUCACCAGAUUUUUCCUCCGAAUUCACACUCGCCAACAUUAAGCAGGAGCCGCGUGCUGGAACAGUGUCCCCGAUACUGACACCACCACACACACCCACCGAGGACAGUAUUGGUGGGCUGAACGGUUCGCAAACGAUCAUCAGAACGACGCCACCACCACACCACCACCAGCAUCAGCAUCAUCAUCAUCAUCAUCACCCGUCGGCCCAGCACUCGACACCGCCGCGACACAUUCCACUGAACCACUAUCAUCCGUAUCAGUACGAGAUGGAGCGUUCGCGGACAGUCGCCAUGCGUCAACAACAGCAGCAGCAACAGCAACACCAGCAGUUUCUUCAACAGCAGCAUCCAGCCGGUCAAGAUCUGGUGGGAGCGUUCGUGCCACAGCAAGCCCCGCAGACAAUCGUGACCGCACCCUCCACAAACCCGAUCGAGGCCGCAUUCCUGUACCAGCAACAACAGCAGCAGCAGCAACAGCAACAGCAACAACAGCAGCAUCAGCAACAGCAGCGUCUCUGGCAGCAACAUCUCCAGCAAACCGGUUAUCAUCCAGCGGCGGCAGCAGCGGCCGCCGCAGCCGCCGCAACCCUGCCCGGUGCCUAUGCCCAUCCGCACGCCGCCCUCAUGCAGCACUGGAUUCGCAAUGCCGCCCUGUACCAGCAGCGCUUGCAUCCGCAUGCCCACGCCCACCCGCACGCACCGGCCGUCGGACACCAUGGGCACCAUCCCUACCCGAUGCUGGCUGGCGGUCGUCCCGGCUUGAAGCUGCCCGGGCACCACCACGGUGGACCGGGAGGUGGAGGUGGCAGCUCACGCCCGAAGAAACAGUUCAUCUGCAAGUACUGCAACCGACAGUUCACCAAGUCGUACAAUCUGCUGAUCCACGAGCGCACGCACACGGACGAGCGGCCGUACUCGUGCGACAUCUGCGGCAAGGCGUUCCGGCGCCAGGACCAUCUGCGCGACCAUCGGUACAUCCACUCGAAGGAGAAACCCUUCAAGUGUUCGGAUUGCGGUAAAGGCUUCUGCCAAUCGCGUACCCUUGCCGUGCACAAGGUGACCCAUCUGGAGGAGGCGCCGCACAAGUGCACGAUCUGCAACCGCACGUUCAACCAGCGGGCGAACCUGAAGACGCACAUGCAAAGCCACAGCCAACCGCAGGGCUCGGCAGGUCUUCCACUGGGCGGAUCGAUCGAACCGGUACUGAAUGGGCCUGCGCUCGAUCUGUCCCAGAAGUCGUCCUCUUCGUCAACCGAGGAGAAGGACAUCAUCGUGGACGAAGACUUCGACGACGAGGAAGAAGAGCUGGAAGAGGAGGAAGAGGUGGAGGAGGGUGAGAUGGAGGGCGAAGAGGAGGAACAGCUCGACCUGGAAGGCGAUGGCGAUGGUAUGGGGGUGGAUGUGCGGCAGAUGCUGCUGCUGGAGCAUGCCAACAGUGCUGCAGCGAAUUUGCAUACACCCAGGCGCAACGCAACGACUUCGGCCACCGCGACGAGUGCACCGGCCGGUCCAACAACGGUGACCCCAAAGCGAUCGCUCGGCUUCUCCAUCGACGAGAUCAUGCAGCGAUAGAGCGAUGGGGGGGAGGGAAAGCAUAAAGAGGCUAACCAGAGGGAGAGAAAGAGAGAGAGAGGUGUUGAUGUUCCUUACCGUCGUAGUCCGCGUGCGCAAAGCUUAGGUUAUGUUUAGGGUUUUAUUAGAGGUCGCCAACAGAGAAAAGCUGAUACCGAGAAACGGUCCGAGGUUUUGUGUUGCAGGAUAUUAACGCACACCAUAGCCAUACAGAGUUAAGCCAAACGUAAUCCCAGCACCAAGAGCACACGUAAAGGUGUGCCGAAGAAAAGGCACAGAUAAUUGGGCUCGAAAGUACCCACAAGGAAAGAGGGAACGGAUGAACCAUGUACAUACAACCAAAGAGAGACGGGAAAGAAGAUGAUGAUGAUGAUCGAUAGGGAAAGGGCGAUGACGAUCACCAGCACACAGAUAGCAAGAGAGCAAACGAGUGAGCGAGCGCGCAUAGGACGAGCUUGAAGGGAUCUUUCGAAUCCAUUCCAAUUCAAUUCCAAUUCCCAGGGUGUAUGCAACAGUUAGAGCAAUUUAACAGGUUUUAGCAGCACAGGCAAGCCGGAAUGGGGAAAAGGGAAGGUAUCUAUUAUUUUACAAUCGAUACCACACACACAAAACACAUUGUAUGUGUGCCCGUUGUACGGUGCAGCGGUUUUUUUGCGUUUUCCCCAUUUUGCCGGCAAUCUGGGACAAUGUUUACAAAGACUGAUAUUUGUUUUUAUUACUUACUAAUUAUUGCUGAGACGUAAGGAGGCUCGUUCGAGAAGAGGGCAGGCAGGCAGCAGAGCAAUAAUAGUAUGCCAGGGAUAGUGUGUCUCACCCGCUGUACCCGCUGUAUCCCUUUGGGCAGAGUAAUUGAUAGGAGGGGUGCAGGUACCAAAGUGUUGUGACCCGUUGCCGAUGGGUCGCCCCGGGAUCGAUAGUAUCGCCCGGGCGCGGCUUGAAGGAAGCGUUAGGCCAAAGCCAAAAACAAUCGAUUAGGGUAUAAUGCGGCGGACACGCACGCCGUUGCGUCGUACAGGUCGUACACAAGUAUUCUUUUUUACUGAUCUCAUACAGAGCAGGGGUGUAUUCUCGAGGGGAUUGUCGCGUUGACAAGGUGUCGGGCAUGACAACGCUAGACAGAUAGCCAGGAGAACGAUAACUAAUGUCCCUCAAGAUGGGGCAUGGCAGGCACAUAGGCAGCAAUGUGAAAGGAUUAUUCUGUAUAUAGUUAGCACAAUUCAAUGUAUAUUAUGUUACUAUUCUGUAGAUCUGUAAGCAUUACCAGUAGAGCACGAUGUAGGUGUGUAAGAUACGUAAAUUAUUACUGAGACCGAUCCAAAUAAUAAAUAGAAAACCUUAGCGAUAAUGUUACAAUAUUUCGCAAACUAUAUAA